UUAUGACGCUCGAUGACUAUUCAAUUUCGAUGGAAACUUCAAGAGGACAAUUUUCCAAAAGUGAAUCUCUUUACUGCUUCUCUUAAACUCGCCGGAGCACCACUGAUUCAGUUUUUUUUUUUUUUCCCUUCAAUCCACCGCCAUAAAUGAAGCUCUGCAAUGCAGCGUAAGCUCAUCCGACCCCUUUUCCCAUGGCUCAUCCUUCUUCCCCUCUUAAUCUUUUUUCUCUACUCCUUAACCGUGUCUCUUCACGCACCCAUUUCGCCAUCUCCAAAAAUCAAAAAGAUUUCUGCAUCACCCACAUGCAAUCUCUUCAAGGGUCACUGGAGUCGAGACCCCAAUCGCAGGCCCAUUUACGAUGAGACUUGCCCAUUUCAUAGAAACGCCUGGAAUUGCUUUAGGAACCAAAGAGAGAAUAUGGGUACAAUCAAUUCGUGGAAAUGGGUACCCCAAACCUGCGAUUUGCCCCAGAUUGAUCCGUUCAGAUUUCUCGAUCUGAUGAGAAAUAGGAAUAUUGGGUUUGUUGGUGAUUCUUUGAAUGAAAAUUUCUUGACUUCGUUUUUGUGUAGUCUUAGAGUGGCUGAUUUGGGUGCAAAGAAGUGGAAGAGGAAAGGAGCUUGGAAGGGUGCUUAUUUUCCAACAUUCAAUGUGACGGUUGCUUAUCAUCGUGCAGUGUUGCUCGCCAAAUACAAGUGGCAGCCAAAGUAUUCUGCAUCUGGUGAUCAAAGUCAAUCAGAAGGAGUAUACAGAGUGGAUGUUGAUAUUCCUGCAGAUGAUUGGGCAAACAUUACCAACUUCUACGAUGUCCUUGUAUUUAACACUGGCCAUUGGUGGGGUUACGAUAAAUUUCCAAAAGAGAAACCUUUAGUUUUUUAUCGUGCUGGUCAACCAAUAGUUCCAGCUCUCGAGAUGAUGGAUGGACUCAAACUUGUUCUUAAACAUAUGGUCUCUCACAUACAAAAAGAAAUUCCUGGCAAGACACUCAAGUUUUGGCGUCUACAAUCCCCUAGACAUUUUUAUGGUGGUGAAUGGAAUCAAAAUGGCAGCUGCUUAUUCAAUGAACCCCUUGAAGAAUCUCAGCUAGACAUUUGGUUUGAUCCAAGCAACAAUGGGGUGAAUAGAGAAGCGAGAACAAUAAAUCGUCUCAUCGACGAGGCAAUACGUGACACAGAUUUUGAGGUUCUUGAUCUCACUCACUUGAGUGAGUUCAGAGCAGAUGCUCAUCCGGCCAUUUGGUUGGGAAGACAAGAUGCUGUUGCAGUUUGGGGACAGGACUGCAUGCAUUGGUGCUUACCGGGGGUUCCAGAUACGUGGGUUGACAUUUUGUCCAAACUCAUCAGUCAUCACUUGAAGAUGGAAUAAUCUCUAGAGUCUGGUUCUUGAAACAUUAAGACCACAAGAUACACAUAAAGGGUAUAGAGAUCCAUUUUGAUGGAGAAAUGUACUGCUGUCUGUAGGAGGAUAGAAUCUGAUCAUGAUGAUUUUCCUACAAAAGUAGGAUAAAAAGUUGAGUUUCUUUUCUUCCUCUGUUUCUCACUCGCACUAAAUGAUUCUUGCUAGAUUACAGGCAUCAUUGGCAAUGUAAUUUCUUGAUUGUUGCUAAUCAAUCUAUAAUCUAAAAUCAAAUAUUAUUAUCCGA